GGAGGACAGUGGCAAGCACGACCAAAAGCCCAACCCGCUACCAAUUUUGGCCAAGAGAGAAAGAAAACGACAAGCCCUUUAUAUACCCUAUCUGGCGUGGGGGGAGAAGCCGUUAAAGACAUAUCCCAAACCGAAUGAGAGCACUCAGAGGUUGUCAUCAGGGAGGAAGUCAAAGCCAGUCCGCCAUGAGACAAUGACUCUUGACCAGUAUUACUAUGUUGCAUUGCACGACACCAAAUCCCGCGAUGAUGAUCAAGUGGUCUCUCGCAAACUCAACUCACCGAAUACCAUCCUGGUGGUUGGCCAGUUAUGGUUAUGGGUUAUCGAUGAAAAUCAGUCGACUGGGUUUGUGGACAUUGUGUUUGAAAAUAUGGCCUUCCGCGAGAACAACGGUACCUUCCAACGUCCCAAGUCGGUUGAAUCCAUGAUGGAGUUCAUGCUUGGUAUACAAACAGAGCUCUUCAUCAAGGAUUUAAAUCACAUUGAUUCCAAGUCGGCUUUAGAUGUGUUUCGCGAACAUAUUCGAGACAUGGCAAAUGGCGAAAGUGGGCUUUACACCGAUUUUGUACAGUCGCUGAAGGAUGAAAAAAGCAGUGCGAACGGCAAUUCUCCAGCUACUCAAUACCAUAAUAUCCUCCAGGAGGCCGAGCUUCUCCGGGAAAUCAAGGACAUUCGAGACGAACUUAACAUUCUCAUUGCCUUGGCUGUUGACCAAGAAACGGUAUGGAAACAGUUGUUCCAGUUGGAAGACUUGGAUAACCGUCAAUUCCACGCUUGCACGCCCAGUUUGAUAAAGGAAGACCUUGAGGAUAUGGCUUCAGAGGCAAAGACCGUCCAGGAAUCACUGGAUAGCCUUUUGGACCUGAAGCAGAAACAGGCGAGCAUUAAAGAAGCUGAGACUGGGCGUAAACAGGCUGAGGAUACUGGGAAGCAAGCUAACACAAUCAUGGUCUUUACUGUGGUGACCAUUAUUUUCCUUCCACUCUCAUUCUUAUCCUCACUAUUUGCAUUAAACGUUUCCGACUUUCCACACCAAGGAGACGCGGUACUAUUCCAAGGAUGGUGGAUUUUCCCGAUUAUUUUUGGCUGUUCCGCGGCGGUAUCUCUCCCCUUGGUUUGGGUGGCAUUCGACGUGAAUUCAAUUAUACAAUGGCACACCAACUUGAGAACGCGAAAGCCAUGGAGGAAUUGGAAAGGCGGCCUACAACGCGCCAUUCGCGGUCUGAAAGGGAGGGCUCAGGGAACUUAUAGCCCCACGCACCAAGUGCAUUCUAAUACCUCUGGUGAUGUGCUACCUAAAUAGUGAUAUUGGAUCUGUCAUUGUAAAUCAGACGCUGUUCUCCUCGAUAUUCGGAGAUGGUGUUGGAGACCGUGUAUAACCCUCUUUAUAUAAUGUUAGUUAGCAAGGAGAAUCCCCAGAAUCUAAGAUUACUAGCUGAGUGAAGCUUGGACUCCGUCUAUACUAACAGACAAGUCAACAAUAUUCCCCUCUCGAGUUCCUCUUCAGGUGGAUAUAUAUAUAUAUAUGUA